GGCCCCGCCUCCCGGAGAAGAGGGAAGGGCUCGACGCUUCCGGGAGCCUGGCAGCCGUGGGCACCUCUUAGGGAGCUUCAGACGUCAGCCCGGAGGCCGCACUCCCCGCGGGGUUUCAUCAUCUGCCCCUUGGGUGACCCUAGGAGUUCCGUCAUGGACCCCUUCUCCACACAUUCCACCCUGCUGGUUGCACCCUCUCCCAAGGCCUGAAGAACUCACUAUAUGCUGAUGACCAUCAGAUCUCUGCAGCCCAGACUUCUCUCUAGGCUUAGACGUGGGGGCCCCCAACCCUGCCCUUUGUCUCUCGUUUUGGGGGUCUCUGUCCAUGCCAUUCACUCUGCUUGGAAAGUUCCCUCCCCAGCCACCCCAGCUCAUCUGUCUGCACGCCCUCACUGUUGGAGCAAGCUCCAGAGCCCAGAUGCCCGUCCAGCCUCCAAGCAAAGACACAGAAGAGAUGGAAGCAGAGGGAGAUUCAGCCGCUGAGAUGAAUGGGGAGGAGGAAGAGAGCGAGGAGGAACGGAGCGGCAGCCAGACUGAGUCAGAGGAGGAGAGCUCAGAGAUGGACGACGAGGACUACGAGCGGCGUCGCAGCGAGUGCGUCAACGAGAUGCUGGACCUGGAGAAGCAGUUCUCGGAGCUGAAGGAGAAGUUGUUCAGGGAACGACUGAGUCAGCUGAGGGUGCGGCUGGAGGAAGUGGGGGCUGAGAGAGCCCCUGAAUACACAGAGCCUCUGGGGGGGCUGCAGCGGAGCCUCAAGAUCCGCAUUCAGGUGGCAGGGAUCUACAAGGGCUUCUGCCUGGACGUGAUCCGGAAUAAGUACGAGUGUGAGCUGCAGGGAGCCAAGCAGCACCUGGAGAGUGAGAAGCUGCUGCUCUACGACACCCUGCAGGGCGAGCUGCAGGAGCGCAUCCAGAGGCUGGAAGAGGACCGCCAGAGCCUGGACAUCAGCUCUGAGUGGUGGGAUGACAGACUGCACGCCGGAAGCAGCACAAAGACUUGGGACUCUCUGCCGCCCAGCAAGAGGAAGAAGGCGCCUCUCGUUUCUGGGCAGAGGCCUGUCACCUACCCCUCCACUGGGCUUCCUGCUUUCCUUGACCCCCGCUGCAGGUCCUUACAUCGUGUACAUGCUGCAGGAGAUCGACAUCCUGGAGGACUGGACGGCCAUCAAAAAGGCUAGGGCAGCUGUGUCCCCUCAGAAGAGAAAAGCAGAUGGACCAUGACCCUGCUCUGCUGUUCAGAGCCAAGGGUCCCCUCCAGCGGCUGGCAGCAACCCUGGGAUUUGCAUUUUCCUGCUGUGGGAAGGCGGACUGACAAACCCUUCAGGGCUAGGCAGCCAGCUCCCCAGCGCUGCUGCCGGGCCUUCCCCUCCAGCCACCACUGGUCUGGACUCCUCUGGCCUCCUGGGAGGCCUGCACAGCCGUGGCCCAGAGCUGCCCUAGCCGGGCAGGAUGGUCUCUUCCGUCCGCAGUGAGCCCACCAGCUCCCCCUCCCGAAGGCCUCCUCUGUCCCCUCCCAGACAAAGAACGUGUGGCUCAUCUAAAGCCAAAGCAACACCCUCCCUGCUGACCUCGGACCAGUCCCUGAGCCAGUGAUCUGGGCCCCACUUCGUGGGAACUCUGAGCCAGAAAUUCUACUUUGGGGGCCUGUCUCUCCUGGCUGUUGCUGGAGGUGAAAAGGCAGGCUCCCCGAGUCUUCUCAAGGAGGUUCUUGGUACCUGUCUCCCAGAUUUCAGGGACUGGAAUUAAAGCCUUUCCUGGGACCCUG